AUGCAAUUUCCAAAACACCUCCGUCUAUGUCAGUACUCCAUCCUUCCUUUUUAUAGCCGCUUUACGGCCUUUUUACCCACUUCAAUUCACCACCAGCGCUUUUUCCAUGCGACCCCACUUUCUUAUAGCGUAAAGCCAUUCUUGGCUGACGAGCAUGUUCUCAGCUACACCGAGAAACAUACCAGUCGCGGUCCUGCCUAUAUGGAUUACAUUUACACCAACAGCUUGCAUGCCUUCCCUGAAGAAGCUAAACAAAUGAUUUCCCGACCUCAAGCGCUUUUCCUGACAUGGGUAACGCGAAUCACGAAAGCAGAGAAAGUACUAGAAAUUGGAUCAUUACUAGGCUAUAGCUCCCUUGCGUUGGCAGAAGGAGUUAAAGAACGGAAGGAACCCUAUGUGCUUAGUCUGGAGAAGGAUCCGAUCUAUGCUAAGCUGGCAAAAAAACAUAUACAAAUGGCAAAGAUGCAGAAAAUUGUUGAGAUUAGAUGCGGAAAGGCUUUGGAAACGAUGAACGAAUUCGAUGAUUCGAUGAAAUUUGACUUGAUAUUCCUUGAUGCAAAUAAAUCGGGGUAUACAGAUUACUAUGAUCUCAUCAUGGAGAAGGAUCUCCUCACGAGAAAUGGAUUAAUGGUUGUGGAUAAUGGUUACGUACAUCCACGGGAACUGCAACCGUUCUAUCGGCCUCCGAAGAAAAGGUUCUCAAAACAAGAAGAGAAAUUGCUAAAGGUAGCUGAAGAAACGGAUGAAAGGUACAAAAAAAUUGGGAGAAGAUUGCAACAUUUCAAUCGACAUGUGGCCGAGGAUCCGACGACUGAGCAGAUGUUGGUGCCGAUGUUUGAUGGCAUGAUGUUUAUUUGGAAGAGAAGACCGGGCAGGAAUGCUUGGGCCGCACAAGAAUUAGAAUAG